UGUUAUCUGCCUCUUCACCAUCUACUCAAAUCGAGCAUUCAUCCCCAACUGGUGCGGAUCCCCACCUUCUACCUUCCGUCAUCUAUGGCCCACGAGAAGAACGAGAAGUCCACUGAUGGUGGGAAGGAGCCAUCUACCUCAUCCUCUUACAAUUCAGCGCAAACCCCUCCACGAGCUCGCUGGUUCUACGCCCGCGACGGGGGAGGCGACUGGGUUGCCUUCCCUGCUCCAGAUGAUGAGCGACUAGAAGGGCGCUUCCAAGAUUUGGGGGGCGAAAGAUGGUGGAAGCAGGAGUCAGAAAGGAGGCAGAAGGAGAAGAAGGAGAAGAAGAGGAGGGAAGGAAACCAGAAGGAGGUUCAUGAUGAAGAAGGCGAAAGAGAACAGCCUACUGACGCCAACGAACGAGCUCAUCGAGAUGCUGAGGAGCCAAGCUGGACUGACAAGCUCACCUCUUGGGUUCCUGGACUUAACUCGACCUCUCAAGAAGUCGACGAAAAGAAAGAUCAGCUCAAGCAACGCAGCGAUGCUGACGGCGAAGACGACGCCGAGCACUUGGAGCGACAUCACGACCCCGACUCGCCGCCCAUGGUAGAGGAGAUCUUGGAUCCAGACGAACCCGAGUCCGCUCGCCGAGCGAUUGUCCCUGUACUGGAGGACAGUCUCUUUGAUGUAGACCUGGUGGAGAUGCACCUCUACCCUGCCUUCUUCAAGGGGGUGCUGCUCAAGGUCGUGAGGAGUACUUGGUUCUACUGGUCGGAAAUGCGUGGCUCUUACUCGCCUGUGAGCUGGGAGAGCGGAUUUGCUACGGACCUUGAGGGGGCUUGGAAGGAGACAGAGGCGUGGAAGUUGCCGGCGGAGGAUGAGGAUGACCAUCAGAAGAAGGGCGACAAGGAAGAGGCCAAGACUCGCUUCAUCGAGAUCCGCAGCAAAGGCACUUCCUCGGGGAAGGGACGCGUAUGCUUCACCUCUCCUGUAGAGGGUCAAGUCUUCACGCAAGAUCUACGAGGAAGGAUCGUCUCCCUCGUAGGAGGAUUUACAGUGCUACGCGGCUUCGACGAGGUGGAGAGGCGAACGCUGAGCGAAGAGGGAAAAGACCUGUGGAGUCGGAACCUCUUUGAUUUGCCGGAUAUGCCUUGGCGCUCCGAGGGCGACAAAGACCGGGAGGAGAAGGUGAAUGAGAAGGUCCGACCUACGGGGAGAGCGGGGGCAGCUCAGCCUGAUGAACAUAAGCCUAAGGCUGGCGGUGGAGGGUAUGGCUCUCAGGAAGCCUCGAGCACGGGGAAAGGUCAAGAGAGCAAAGCAGAGAAUGAGGGCUUCGCUGCUAAGCUCUGGCCGUCCAGUGACGCUUGGAUGCGACCUGGAUACGCCGUUCUUCGAGCCUUUGGGUAUAGCGAUGGUGAUGCGCGUGAGGAGACAAGAAGAAAAGGGAAGCAGAGGAGUACGGAGAAGGCUGUUGAGCCAGACAGCGAGGCGAAGAAGAGGGCGUCAAAGGAUAAGGACAACGAUGACGACGAUGAAGGUGGUGACGGUGAUGACAGUGAGCAGGAACCCGACGACGACAACGACGAAGACGAAGGUGCAGCCUCAACGCAGCCCGAGCAAGACUCCAAAGGGAUGGACGACCUCGCAGACGACCCCGUCCACCUCGUCCUGGUGAUUCACGGUAUAGGCCAAGGCCUGCGCGACGAUUUCGAGUCCAUCGACUUCACGCAUGACUGUGCAAAGCUCCGCUCUGUCUCCAAGGAGCGAUGUCAGGACUCGGGCAUACGCCGUCUCGCUCGUGGACGUCGUGCUCAAUUUCUGCCAGUCUGCUGGCGGAGAGGCAUAGACUUCGAGCACAGGUCUGAAGGCAACGAUAAUCACUUUGGAUUGGAGGACGUGACCAAUCAGGCAACGAUGCCGCUCGUUCGGAACGUGGUGAGCAAGGUCAUUCUCGAUGUGCCCUUUUACCUGAGCCCAAUCUACAAGGCCAAGUUCAUCAAGGCCGUCAUCGCAGAGCUGAACAGGUGCUACAGGCUCUGGGUGCGACGCAACCCUGGAUGGCUGGAGAAGGGCGGGCAGGUGAGCAUCAUUGGCCACUCGCUGGGGUCCGUCUUGGCAGCGGAUAUACUGAGCCAGCAGCCGACGCAUGUACCCCGGCUGGAUGAGAUGUCGAACGAUGAGGUGGCAAAGGCACAGAAGGAGCGGCUGCUCUUCGAUACGACGCACCUUUUCCUUGUUGGCUCGCCAUUAGGCCUCUUCCUCCUCUUGGGUGGGGGUCAACUCAUCGCACGCCGCACCACGCCAGCUAAGACCAGCAUCGGCGAAGAUGCGAGCAGCGACUGCUCAAACGAGGGAGAAUGCAACAGCGGUGAUGCUACUGGUAGCGGCGGCAACGGUGAGGGAGGAAAGUACGGCUGCAUGUCCCUCAGGGGCAAUCUCUACAACAUUUACAACGAAAGCGACCCUGUCGCCUACCGCAUCUCCGCAGCGGUGGACCGCGAGUACGCAAAGCACCUCAGACCCACACCGCUGCCUGGAGCUGUAGCCGCUAUACUAGACACACUCAAGGGGCCACCACGUAUGUCAGUCAGCAGCUUCUUUGACAAGCAGAAGCCUUUCGCCAGCGUGUGGGGCAAGGCGGCUGUGGGAGAGCAUGACCAGAAGGAGGGCCAGCAGGACGAUGUGCACUCCGAAGACAAAGGCGGCCUUACCUCAUCCACCUCACCUCCCCUGAGGUGGGGCGAGACCCGCGACGAACGAGUCGAUGACGGGAACAAGGACAAGCUCAAGGACUGGAUGGCGAACAAAGUCGGGGACAAGAAAGACGAGGAAGGCCAGAAGACGAAGAAGAGUCACGACAGUAACUCGGGCCCGCCUUCGGAACUGCCAUCAGGGAUCGUCACGCCUGUGCGCGUCGAGAGCGGGCAUGACGUUAAGGAGUCACUGCCGCUUCGGCUGGCAAAGGAUGCCGCACACGAGGACACGAGACGCGACUCGGCCGCUACUACCGCCGGCGCCUCCUCAUCGAGUACUGCCUCACACUCCCUCUCGACCCUCCUCGACUCCUACGCACGCGCAGAGCGACGCUUUCGUGCUCUCAACUCGCAUGGCUGCCUCGAUUACAGCUAUGUCUCUGACGUCGUGAGCAGGUUUGACUCGACGCUGACCAAGACGACGGCGAUGCUUGGGGCCCAUCAGAGCUAUUGGGGAAGCAAGAGCUUUGUGAGCUUGGUGUUGACGCAAGUGUUUGAUAGUGAGGAGGGCCAGAAGGGGCAGCAGGGUGAUGGUCCAAAAAAGGAAGAGGUGACACUCGUGCCCCCUAUCAAAGGGUUGAAGAAGAACGAUGGGGGAAUGAAGGAAUCGAAGGGAGACAAGCUAAAGAAUUGAUCAUACCCAAGCGGCUCUAUCUGUCGAUAUACAUACGCCUCUCUUCUGAGCCCUGUAAUGGUAGCCACAUCCUCGAUUUCGCACCGUCUACAGUCUUGCCUCCCUCUUCUGGCCCGCCCCAUUCUUCCGUGCCACCAAUCCUGCCAUUCUCUCGAUCCUCUCCUCCGCAUCUCUCUCCAUGGUAUCAAGCAGCUCCUGGCAUGUCGGCACGUCGUGAAUGAGCCCCAGAACGGGAGAGGCACUCCAGACGCCAGCUUCGACGUCCCCUUCCGUGUAGACGCGACGUCCUCUUUGCCCGGAAACGAGGGGUUGAACUUCUGGAAAGGCAGCCCCUUGAGACUCGAGGCGGACGACUUCCUCAGCAAC